UCAAAAUGAUGCUCGAGUGCGUCUGUGAGUUCCGGAGUUAUCUCCCUUGAUCCGUGACUCUCUAGUAACAUUACUACCUGGCAGGUGGAAAUAGUCUAUUGCGUGGUCAGUGGACGUCAAAGGGGAAGUAGAUCUCGGAUAAGGUAUUUCCAUGGAUGGUUUGCACAUCUCGUAUCGUUCUUAAUCCAAUAAUGGAGACAUUAAGUUCGGGAACAUAUGCAGGACUCGGAACCUGUGGUCCGGUGGCUGGGAAAGACUCUUUGUCCCUGCUAACCCUGGUGGACAUGGCCUUGGCCUUGGAAGCUCCAAAACCUUCGGAGAAAGACCACACGUAUGCAGUCGCCAAAAAGCACACGAGAACUAAAAAGGUUUCAAAUACAGACAAUGAACUGUUACUUCAGAAAGAGAAAGAUCACAAUUAUUCGUUUAUCAGUAAAUCCGUAGCACUACGUCACAGUCAUUUACAGAAACCAAAACCUCAAAAGAUGGAACCAACCAGAAGUUCUUCCGAGGAAAAUCUGUCCAAUAUUACCUUAUCAAACCUCUCUGAAUCCUCAGGAGCCCCACGUCGGACAGCCGUGGACGACACUAGCCUUAAUACGUCACACAAGUGUUUUGCUUUUGGCAAAAAUAGGUCACCAUUCCAUACACCAAAUGACCAUACUUACCCAUGUAUCAUGGACCCCAGAAAACGUCGCAGUAACGUUCCUAUAUCAGAUGCUGUGGAGAUACGAGGUGUUAAGGGAGAACCCAUGGCCAUGGAUGACUCGUACCUGGGAAGUCAUUCUUGGCCAAAAGGAAAUCUGUUUUCUCCUUUCCGGGAUAGAGAUGGGAAUCUUUCGCAUACCCUGCCUCUGAAUUAUAAAUAUAUGUAUGAUCACACCUAUGCACAAGGGAAAACCAAUGAUGAUGAAAAGAUGAGUAUCUGUGAUGAUUCAGAAUGUCAGAAUCCAGUUCCGGAGAAACCAGUUGCAUUAAAAACGGAUCACAACUAUAAUAAAGGUCCAUGUGAUAAAAUCAAGACUGUACCGGAAUCUGUUGGUCAUAUUCGGGCCCCUAAACUAACUCUGAAAAACAAUCGUAUUGAUCACAAUUAUAGUGGCUUUACUGGUACGUUUAGUUCUGCUCCAACCCAACCUCAGGGAUCUGUGGAAAGUUUGGACAUGGACUUUUCUCAGUCCGACACAGACUCUUGUGAAGAGACUGAAGAGGAGGAGCGUCGACUUGCAAUUACCUCAACGAUUUCAGCAUGGCUUCAGCUGCGAAAGGAUCACCCCUACUCCUCUAUUUGAUCUAACAGUUGUUUUUGUGUGUGAUGUGAGUAUAGAAUGCUGGAGUAUAUAGGAAGACAAGUGGUACUACAUAUACAGGAGAUGGGUGAAGACGUAUGUGGUACUACAGGAGAUGGGUGAAGACAUAUGUGGUACUACAGGCGAUGGGUGAAGACGUAUGUGGUACUACAGGUGAUGGGUGAAGAUGUAUGUGGUACUACAGGCGAUGGGUGAAGACGUAUGUGGUACUACAGGCGAUGGGUGAAGACGUAUGUGGUACUACAGGCAAUGGGUGAAGACGUAUGUGGUACUACAGGAGAUGGGUGAAGAUGUAUGUGGUACUACAGGAGAUGGGUGAAGACGUAUGUGGUACUACAGGCGAUGGGUGAAGACAUAUGUGGUACUACAGGCGAUGGGUGAAGACGUAUGUGGUACUAAAGGAGAUGGGUGAAGGCGUAUGUGGUACUAAAGGAGAUGGGUGAAGACGUAUGUGGUACUACAGGCAAUGGGUGAAGACGUAUGUGGUACUAAAGGAGAUGGGUGAAGACGUAUGUGGUACUACAGGCGAUGGGUGAAGAGAUAUGUGGUACUACAGGAGAUGGGUGAAGACGUAUGUGGUACUAUAGGAGAUGGGUGAAGACGUAUGUGGUACUACAGGAAAUAGGUGAAGAUGUAUGUGGUACUACAGGCGAUGGGAGUAGACGUAUUUGGGACUACAGGCGAU